CGCCGCCAUGCCCCGGGACAACAUGGCCUCCCUGAUCCAGCGGGUGGCGCGGCAGGCGCGCCUCACCUUCCGCAGCCCGGCGGGCCCGGCCUUCGGGGAGAACCUGCACCGCCUGCAGCAGCUGCUGGACGAGGUGCGCGCCGAGGACUUGCGCUUGGCGCCGCGGGGGCCGUCGGCCGUGGCGGCGGCGAGCGGGGGUCUGCCGUGGGCCGGCGUGGCGCCUCCCGUCAGCUACAUGCACAUCUGCGAGACGGAGAGCUUCAGCAUGGGCGUGUUUCUGCUGCGGAGCGGCGCCUGCAUCCCGCUGCACGACCACCCGGGCAUGAACGGCAUGCUGAAGGUGCUGUACGGCACGCUGCGCAUCGCCUGCAUGGACGCGCUGCCCGCCGGGGCCUCCGCCGCGCCGCCGCCCCCCGCCGCCGGCGGCGGGCCGUGCCUGCGCGCCCUUUUCCGCUCCCGCCAGCACUACACGCCCGCCUCGCCGCCCUGCCUGCUCUCGCCGCACACCGACAACCUCCACCAGAUCGACGCCGUGGACGGGCCCGCCGCCUUCCUCGACAUCCUGGCGCCGCCCUACGACCCCCAGCACGGCCGGGACUGCCACUACUACCGGCUGCUGGACGGGCCGCCGGCGGGCGCGGAGCCGCCCGCGCUGCCGCGGGAGGUGUGGCUGGUGGAGACCCCGCAGGCCGCCGACUUCUGGUGCGGGAGCGAGCCCUACCCCGGGCCUCGCGUCUGCCUCUGA